UCAUUUAAACCCGGAGCAGCGGAAGAUGGCGGAGACCGGAGCCGAGCUGCACUGAGGAGCAGGAGCAGGAGCAGGAGGAGAAGCAGGAGCAGAAGAUAGAGGCGGAGAAGAUAGAGGAGGAGAAUAUAGUGGUGUUUCCUGGAACACGUGGAGUCCAGAUGUGAAGCUGGACAAAGCAGGAGAAUCAUUAAAACACUGCUAAAGAGGUGCUGAUAUGUUUAGAAGAUGAGUGGAGUGGGGGAAAACUCCAUGGAGCCUCUGUGCCCCGAUCGUAAGCGUAGUCUGUCCACCUGCGAUACGCCCGGUCUCGGGUGUGAGAAGCGGCGGCGAGAGCAGGAGAGUAAAUACAUAGAGGAGCUAGCGGAGCUCAUCUCGGCUAACCUCAGCGACAUCGACAGCUUCAACGUCAAACCGGACAAAUGCGCCAUUCUGAAGGAGACUGUGCGGCAGAUCCGGCAGAUCAAAGAGCAAGGAAAAGCCUCGUCAAACGAUGACGAUGUCCAGAAGGCCGACGUGUCCUCCACAGGUCAGGGGGUCAUCGAUAAGGACCACCUCGGACCUCUGUUACUCCAGGCGCUGGACGGCUUCCUGUUUGUGGUGAACAGAGAAGGGAGCAUCGUGUUCGUGUCUGAUAACGUCACUCAGUACCUGCAGUACACGCAGGAGGAGCUGAUCAACACCAGUGUCUACAACAUCCUGCACGAUGACGACCGAGAUGACUUUCACAAGAACCUGCCCAGGAAUAACAUGAACAGCAUGGCGUGGGGAGGAGAAGCUCCUCGGCAGAAGAGCCACACUUUUAACUGCCGCAUGCUGGUGAAGUUCAGUUCGGGUCCGGUCGAGGAAAACCCCGGGACGCCUCGCUACGAGACCAUGCAAUGUUUCGCCCUCACGCAGCCCAAAGCCAUGAUGGAGGAGGGAGAAGACCUGCAGUCGUGUAUGAUCUGCGUGGCACGGCGUGUAACCACGUUGGAGAGAACGGAGAGCUUCAACACCAGACACGAUCCAUCGGGUAAGCUGAUUCAGAUAGACCAGAAUUCCCUGCGUACCUCCAUGCGUCCGGGUUGGGAGGAUCUGCUCAGGCGCUGUAUCCAGAUGUUUUUACAGCAUAGUGACGGACAGCCCUGGUCAAAUAAACGCCAUUAUCAUGAAGCCUUUCUUCAUGGUCAUGCAGAGACCCCAGUGUACAGGUUCUCGUUAUCAGACGGAACUCCGGUCACAGCGCAAACCAAAAGCAAGCUGUACCGCAACCCAAUGACUAACGAGCCGCAGGGCUUCAUAUCUACUCACCUGUUACAGAGGAAUUCCUCGCUUUAUUUCCUCAGGGAGCCCAACAUCUGCCGCAGCAACCCAAAUGGCGGCAUGAUGCAGGGUGGCAUGAGGCAGCAGGGCAUGGGGGGCACUAACCCCAACAGCCAAAUGAACAUGGGGCCUAGUGGAGGCAUGGGGAUGGGGGGGAUGGGGGGGAUGGGUAUGAAUCGGGGUUAUGGGAUGAAGGACAUGGGGCAUAUAGGGCACAUGGGAGGCGGAGGGGCCAUGUACGGGGGCGGAAUGGGCAAUCGAAUGAUGCAGAUGAAUCAAAUGGGUCAAAUGAAUCCAAUGAGCCAAAUGAAUCAAAUGAAUCCUAUGGCUCAGAUGAGUUCGAUGAAUCACCCCGGGGCUGGGAUGCAGCAUCAGCAUCAGCAGCCUCUCUUUCAGGCAUCAGGAGGCUACGGCCUCGGAGGCAUGAACAGCCCGUCUCAAGGCAGUCCGGGCCUAAACGGACCUCAGCAGGGUCUUCUCAUGUCUCCACGCAACAGGGGAAGUCCGAAAAUGGUGUCCAACCAGUUCUCUCCAGGAGGCAUGCAUUCUCCCAUGGGUCUGGGCAGUGUUGCGGCAGGUGGAGGUGGUGGUGGUGGUGGUGGAACCACGUAUUCUAGCAGUUCUCUCAAUGCUCUUCAGGCUAUCAGUGAGGGUGUAGGUGUGUCUCUGCAAUCCACUCUGACGUCCCCUUCUACAACACACAAACCUGACGGCUCUCCAAGUGUCCACGCCUCGUCCUCCUCUUCUCAACCCUGCAAACCAGGACACGGAGAAUCCAAAAGCCCAGCAGGAGCCUACAGUCAUGGACCUGGAGAUCAGCAUCACCCCUUGCACCACCAUCACCACCAUCAUCACAGUCACACACACCAUGCAGAGAGCAGCAGUGCAGAUCGACCAGACAGCCAGGCUCCUGGUGGAUGCAGCAAAGAAUCUGUGGAAGCAACCAGUGAAGCCGGAAAUGCUCCAUCAGAACCUCCACGGAAGAUUCCAGAUGGUAAGGGGCACAAGAAGUUGCUCCAGCUCCUCACCUCUCCCACCGAGGAGCUGGGACUCGGGGUUGGAAAUGGACCUCCAACAGUAGCUACUAUGGAGGGCAAAGAACCGGGGUGCGUGACGAGUCCGUCUUCCACUGGCGUCUCUUCAUCCACCAAUCAGAGCCAGGUUCUGGGAACAGCAGGAGGUACAUCGUCUGAAGCUCUGAGUUCUUCUCACUACACAGCGUCGCUACAGAAAAAGCACAAGAUCCUGCACAAGCUGCUCCAGAAUGGAAACACACCCGACGAAGUUGCAAAAAUCACGGCCGAGGCGACAGGUAAGGCCAUUCUGGGCCAGGAUGCAGCGGCCACUGGAGGAGAACCAGGAGGCACCAAUGCAGGACCAGGAGGAGCCUCGGGAACGUCAGAACCCAAGCAGGAGCAACACAGUCCUAAGGAGAAGAAAACCAACGCCCUGCUCCACUACCUCCUCAACAACAAGGAUGACUCUAAUUCCAAGGAGACCAGCGACAUCAAACCAAAGCCUGAAGAUCUGGAAGGAAAAGGCAUCACUGUGGGAAACAACGGUGCUCCACUCAGCAGAGGAACGCAGGAGAACACUGAGGGCAAAAUCAAGUCCGAGCCUCCUGACGAGCUGGACACCAUCCUCGGAGGUCUGAGGGGCUCUGGAGCAGAGUUCCCAGAGCAGGGAGAGGCAGGAGCAGUUCCUGAUGGAGGGAACAAACCUCAUUCAUUCUCUGAUGAUGGUUUAAUGAGCAGAGGAAUGGGAAUGCCGGAGCGCUCGCCCAUGGGUUCGUCCGGAGACUGGGGAAUGCCGCGGUCCACCGGGAGCCCCUCCAUGAUGCGUCCUUCUGUCGACACCUACAGCUCCAAGGGUAUGAUGGGAGGAUCCAUGGUGAACAGGUCCAACAGUGUUCCAGGUUCCAGGUCCAUGCUGCAGCAACAGCUCAUGGAUAUGGGCCCCGGUGAUAUGAGCAUGACCAUGGGGCCGUUCAGCCAGCAGACGUGUCCAGACAGUCAGUCACCAUCCUGGACAGAGAACAUGAUGGGGAUGGACAACAGGCGUCAGUUUGGGAACGCCCUGGACGAGUUGUUGAUUCCUCCCUCGACCUCUGAGGGUCAGAGUGAUGAGAGAGCUCUGUUAGAUCAGCUCGACUCUCUGCUCAACAACACUGACGUUCUGGCUCUGGAGGAGAUCGACCGUGCCCUGGGAAUCCCUGACAUCAUCAGCCAGGGUCAGGGUGGAGAUCUGCAGUCCGACCCAUUCCCCACUCAGGACCCGUCCAUAGUGAUGGAGCAGAAGCCCAUGUACCCCCAGAGUUACCCUGGACCCACAUCCAUGCCCAUGCCUGCCGGUUACGGUGCCAAUCCCAUGCAGGGUGCUCCUCCUUCUACACCCUACAGCCCCAUGCUCAACCAGAUGGGGCAGCAAGGUAACUACCCCGGGAUGGGCGGCAUGGGGCCCAUGGGGGGCAUGGGGCAUCCUCGCGCCGCUAUGAUGAGACCCAGGAUGAUGAGCGCCACCAAACCUACACGCAUGCAGCUGCAGCAAAGGCUACAAGGACAGCAGUUUAUGAGCCAGGCUCGGCAGGGGAUGGGGAUGAAGAUGGAGAACCCUGGUGGAGGUGGAGGCAUGAGGCCAGGCAUGCAGCCAGGAAUGGGAGGGCAGCCGGGUUUCCUGAACGCUCAGAUGAUGGCUCAGCGUAACCGAGAGAUGCAGAUGAGGAGGCACAGGAUGAUGAUGUUGAUGCAGCAGCAGGCAGCAGGUGGAGGUUUCAGUCCUCCCCCCAAUGUCACAGCCCCCACGGUAAUGGAGGGCAUGGGGGGCCCGGGGAUGGGCCAGCCGGGAGGGCAGCAGUUUAGCUACGGAGGAAACUAUGGAAUGGGUCAGCAGGGUGACCCGUCUUUUGCCCCCGCCGGAGGUCCAAGCCCACCCAGCGCCAUGAUGCCAGGCCGCAUGGGGCCUCCACAGAAUCCCAUGAUGCAACAGCACCCCCAGGGCGGCCCCAUGUACCAGAGUCCCGACAUGAAGGGCUGGCCUCAGGGAGGAAUGACACGCAACAGUUCGUACCCACAGCAGGCGUUUACUCAGCAGGGCUCCGCUGCUCCGUACGGCACCAUGAUGAUGAACAGUGUGAACGCAGGUCACAUGGGACAGAUGAACAUGGGCAUGAUGGGAAGAAUGCAGAUGGGUCCGGACCAGAAAUAUUUAUGAAGGGGACGGAGGGACGGCUGUCACCAUGGCGACACUGUGAAGCAAAAACAAACGUUAUACACACCUGAGUGGUCAGAUGUGACGUGUAAAACUAAUUGUAACACAGUGUAAAUACACACACACACACACACACACACACACACACAUUUAAACAUAUAACAGGUUUGUCCACAUCCUCUAUAUCUGUCUUUGUCCUUGAACAUUUCUUCAUGCGUUUUCUAUCAUCAAAAGAUCAAAACCGAACAAAUGAGCUGUUUAGAGGAACAGAAAGAUGACCAACACACACACACACACACACACUGAUAUUUUUGCGAAUGUAUAUCUUGUCGUGUUGACCAUCUUGGAUGUAAGACCACCUUCUGUCCUGUUGAAGGGAUGAUGAUGAUGAUGAAGAUGAAGCUGUGGUUGCACUUUAGCGCUGUUUUUCACGCCGUCCGGAGCGUCGCGAUGUUUAUUUCCCACUCGGGAUUGUUUUUGGUUUUUUUUGCCUUACCGGAGAAACACGAACACGGACCUUCACUGCGUUCCUCAGAUUUGAGGAACAUGAGAACAGCGAGCACAGAUGAUCUGCUCACCGCAGGUCCAAGCAAUAAACCUCGUUCCACUGAAGUUCUCGCCGUGAAGCUCCUGCGGCGUCAGAAAUAGAGUUCGAGCUCACGUUCACUUCUGCGUGUUUUUUUCUCCUCUGGUUUGUAAAUACGGUGCACGUGUACGUAAAUCUACUUUCACACCGCUUUUGCACAACAGAAUCACGGCAGGAGUUCGAGGGCAGCGUGUUCACGUACUUCAACUUACGGCAGCAUGAGGGUGUGUGUUUUUACCCCCAUAGCAAAAAGCUACUUUUUUUUUUUUUUUUUUUUAAACCAAGCACUUUUUGUCUAGAAUAUAUUUUAUUCAUGAACUCGUUCCUGAAAAAUCAUCAGCUUCCUGCGUUUCAGGUUCAAUUUAAGGUGUAAAUGUUUCAGUGAGACGAAAAACUUUAUGAUGAAUGCUUUGAUUUUAUGUUGGAAAUUCACAGGACGAUAAUCACAAAAAUAUCAAAUCAAUCAAAUCGCUUCAUGUUCAUUUCGGCAAAAUUCGUAGCUGACCAUGUUUUUUUUUUUUAAAUGUAGCAAUUUUUUUUUUCUUCUUUGAUGUAAUUUAUACCAGUUUUCGGCGUAACAUUGAAUUCAUUGAUAUUCUCUUAUAGAUUUUUAUGUUGACUGUAUUUUUAUUUCAUGUAAAUUAUUUGUAUCUGUUUUUUUAUUACUUUCAUAAUACAAGAAACAUCAGCGUUUAAAAAUCUCUUCCUGUUCUCUUAAAAACGUAUAAAUAUAAAUAAUUUUCACUCAAAAUCUCGUAGCAAAUUUCAAGGAAUGGUUUAUGAUGUCAAGAUUUAUACCGGUUUAUCACAUUUCGAUUUUUUUCAAAAAUAUAUAUCUAGAUCUUCUUAUAUUUCUUACGUUUUCAAAUAUUUUGUGUAAAUUAUUUUUACUUGUAUACAGACCGAUUCGUCAUUUACGCUUUUUUUUCUUCUUGUUGUUUUUGUUCAUUUAUAUUUAAAACUUUUUUCCAAAGAUCUGAUUGUUUGAUGUUUAUUGUUUGAUGUUUCUGAUGUAGCGAUGUGGUUUUUACCUACAGAUUUAAUUAACAUUAUAUACAUUUUGUUUCCGUUAGACAUCGACUUCAUGCUCUAAAUGUUCGGAUGAGGAUGUAAAAGUCUGUUAAUAUUAGAUUCACUUUAAAGCUCGGCUCCGGGAAUCAUCUCAGAUUUGGAGUUUUAGUUUGUAAAUGAGUUUUUCAGAUCAUCAGAAAUCAGAGCCCCUGCAGAACUUAUUUCUGGUUGUUUAAAAAAAGAGAGAGGAAAAAAAAAAAUACACUUAAUGUUAAAAUAUCUCUGUGCAAUCUCUGUUUCGCAACGGAAAGUGAUGGAUUUUUAAAAACGUGACGAGGGGGAGGUCCUACACGUCUGUUCUCCGGGUCAGGAUGUAAAUUAGUUCAUUUACCAGCUUUCUUGAUGUUAAUAUUGAUGUAAAUACAAAUUUCUAUUUAAACGUU